GGCGCUGCCGCCGCCACCCUCGGCCGGCUGCGGGACUCGCGCUGCGGGGCGCGGUGGGCGGAGCGGCCCGGGCUUGGCGGGUGCGAGCAGAAGCGGCCUAGAGCUUGAGGGGUCGACACGGGGGGGUGGAGGUUUGGGGGGGCGGGGGGGCCGGCGGCCGCCAUCUUCUCGCCGAGACCGCCUCGCCCGCCGCGCGGGUCCGUCCGGCAGCUCACGGGUUAAGGCUGGCACCGCGCCCGGCGGGAGGGGGGCGCCCACCUCCCCUCCCCCCCGCACUGGGCAUGCGGGGCCCGCUGGGCACCGAGGAGGAGCUGCCGCGGCUGUUCGCGGAGGAGAUGGAGAACGAGGAGGAGAUGUCAGAAGAAGACGACGGUGGCCUUGAAGGCUUCGAGGAUUUCUUCCCUGCAGAGCCCGUGAGCCUUCCCAAGAAGAAGCCCAAGAAGCUGAAAGAGAGCAAGUCCAAAGGGAAGCGGAAGAAGAAGGAGGGGAGCAAUGAUGAGCUGUCAGACAAUGAGGAGGACCUGGAAGAGAAGUCGGAGAGCGAAGGCAGCGACUACUCCCCCACCAAGAAGAAGAAGAAGAAACUGAAGGAGAAGAAGGAGAAGAAAGCCAAGCGGAAAAAGAGGGACGAGGACGAGGAUGAUAAUGACGACGGAGGCUUGAAAGAGCCAAAGUCCUCGGGACAGCUCAUGGCGGAGUGGGGCCUUGAUGAUGUGGACUACCUGUUCUCAGAGGAAGACUACCACACACUAACCAACUACAAGGCUUUCAGCCAAUUCCUUCGGCCGCUCAUUGCCAAGAAGAACCCCAAGAUCCCUAUGUCCAAAAUGAUGACCGUCUUGGGGGCCAAGUGGCGAGAAUUCAGCGCCAACAACCCGUUUAAGGGCAGCUCGGCAGCAGCAGCUGCAGCAGCUGUGGCCGCAGCUGUGGAGACUGUGACCAUUGCUCCUCCAUUGGCUAUCAGUCCCCAGCAGGUGCCCCAGCCUCUGCCCAUCCGCAAGGCCAAGACCAAAGAGGGCAAGGGGCCCGGAGUGAGGAAGAAGAACAAAGGCGCCAAAGACUCCAAGAAGAAGGGGAGGGGCAAGCGAGUGGCGGGGCUCAAAUUCCGCUUUGGAGGAAUCAGCAAGAGGAAGAAGGGUUCCUCGAGCGAGGAAGACGAGCGCGAGGAAUCCGAUUUGGACAAUGCCAGCAUCCAUAGCUCUUCAGUGCGCUCCGAGUGCUCCGCCGCGCUGGGCAAGAAGAAUAAGAGGAGGCGCAAGAAGAAGAGGAUUGAUGAUGGUGACGGCUAUGAGACAGACCACCAGGACUACUGUGAAGUGUGCCAGCAGGGUGGGGAGAUCAUUCUGUGUGACACUUGCCCGAGGGCGUACCACCUGGUCUGCCUGGACCCGGAGCUGGAGAAGGCUCCAGAGGGCAAGUGGAGCUGCCCGCACUGUGAGAAGGAGGGGAUCCAAUGGGAGCCGAAGGACGAUGAUGAGGAAGAGGAGGAGGGCGGCUGUGAGGAGGAGGAGGAUGAUCACAUGGAGUUCUGCCGCGUGUGCAAGGACGGUGGCGAGCUCCUGUGUUGCGAUGCCUGUCCCUCCUCUUACCAUCUGCACUGCCUCAACCCUCCGCUGCCGGAGAUCCCGAACGGUGAAUGGCUCUGCCCACGCUGUACUUGUCCCCCACUGAAGGGCAAAGUCCAGCGGAUCCUACACUGGAGGUGGACCGAACCCCCAGCUCCCUUUAUGGUGGGACUGCCAGGAUCAGAGGGGGAGCCAGGCAUGCCCCCACCCAAGCCUCUGGAGGGCAUUCCUGAGAGAGAAUUCUUCGUCAAGUGGGCCGGGCUCUCUUACUGGCACUGCUCCUGGGUGAAGGAGCUACAGCUGGAGCUGUACCACACCGUGAUGUACCGCAACUACCAAAGAAAAAACGAUAUGGACGAGCCACCGCCCUUUGAUUAUGGCUCCGGCGAUGAGGACGGGAAGAGCGAGAAGAGGAAGAACAAGGACCCUCUCUAUGCCAAGAUGGAGGAGCGCUUCUACCGCUACGGCAUCAAGCCCGAGUGGAUGAUGGUCCACCGCAUCCUGAACCAUAGUUUUGACAAGAAGGGGGACGUGCAUUACCUGAUCAAGUGGAAGGAUUUAUCCUACGACCAGUGCACCUGGGAGAUUGAUGACAUCGAUAUCCCCUACUAUGACAACCUGAAGCAGGCUUACUGGGGCCACAGGGAGCUGAUGCUGGGAGAGGAUGCCCGGCUCCCCAAGAGGCUGAUCAAGAAAGGCAAGAAGCUGAAGGAUGAUAAACAGGAGAAGCCCCCAGAGACGCCCAUUGUGGAUCCCACAGUCAAGUUCGACAAACAGCCGUGGUACAUCGACUCCACUGGAGGCACGCUGCACCCUUACCAGCUGGAGGGCCUCAACUGGUUACGUUUCUCCUGGGCCCAGGGCACCGACACUAUCCUGGCUGACGAGAUGGGUUUGGGCAAGACGGUGCAGACCAUUGUGUUUCUCUAUUCCCUGUACAAGGAGGGCCACUCCAAGGGGCCUUACCUGGUCAGCGCGCCCCUGUCCACCAUCAUCAACUGGGAACGUGAGUUUGAGAUGUGGGCGCCUGACUUUUACGUAGUCACCUACACGGGGGACAAGGAGAGCCGCUCGGUGAUCCGGGAGAACGAGUUUUCCUUCGAGGACAACGCCAUUCGGGGUGGGAAGAAAGUAUUUCGCAUGAAGAAGGAAGUGCAGAUCAAAUUCCAUGUGCUGCUCACCUCCUAUGAGCUCAUCACCAUCGACCAAGCCAUCCUGGGCUCCAUCGAGUGGGCCUGCCUUGUGGUGGACGAGGCCCACCGGCUCAAGAACAACCAGUCCAAGUUCUUUAGGGUCUUGAAUAGCUACAAGAUUGACUACAAGCUGCUGCUGACAGGGACGCCCCUCCAGAACAACCUGGAAGAGCUAUUCCAUCUCCUCAACUUCCUGACUCCAGAGAGGUUCAACAAUCUGGAAGGCUUCCUGGAGGAGUUUGCUGACAUCUCCAAAGAAGACCAGAUCAAAAAACUGCACGACCUGCUGGGGCCGCACAUGCUCCGGAGGCUCAAGGCCGAUGUGUUCAAGAACAUGCCGGCCAAGACAGAGCUGAUUGUCCGUGUGGAGCUGAGCCAGAUGCAGAAGAAGUACUACAAGUUCAUCCUCACACGGAACUUCGAGGCACUCAACUCCAAGGGGGGCGGCAACCAGGUGUCUCUGCUCAACAUCAUGAUGGACCUGAAGAAGUGCUGCAACCACCCAUACCUCUUCCCCGUGGCCGCCGUGGAGGCCCCCGUAUUGCCCAAUGGCUCCUACGACGGCAGCUCCCUGGUCAAGUCUUCAGGGAAGCUCAUGCUGCUGCAGAAGAUGCUCAAGAAGCUGCGGGAUGAAGGACAUCGAGUGCUGAUCUUCUCCCAGAUGACUAAGAUGUUGGACCUCUUGGAGGACUUCCUGGAGUAUGAGGGCUACAAGUAUGAGCGGAUCGACGGGGGCAUCACUGGGGGCCUCCGGCAAGAGGCCAUCGACAGAUUCAAUGCUCCUGGGGCCCAGCAGUUCUGCUUCCUGCUGUCAACACGUGCCGGUGGCCUGGGCAUCAAUCUGGCCACGGCGGACACAGUAAUCAUCUAUGACUCGGACUGGAACCCGCACAAUGACAUCCAGGCCUUCAGCCGUGCUCACCGCAUCGGGCAGAACAAGAAGGUGAUGAUCUACCGCUUCGUGACCCGGGCCUCUGUGGAGGAGCGCAUCACUCAGGUGGCCAAGCGCAAGAUGAUGCUCACUCACCUGGUGGUGCGACCUGGCCUGGGCUCCAAGUCAGGCUCGAUGACCAAGCAGGAGCUGGAUGACAUCCUUAAGUUUGGCACGGAGGAGCUCUUCAAGGAUGAUGUGGAGGGCAUGAUGUCCCAGGGUCAGAGGCCAGCCACACCCAUCCCUGAUGUACAGUCCUCCAAGGGCGGAUCUUUGGCAGCCGGAGCGAAGAAAAAGCAUGGCAGUACCCCACCAGGUGACAACAAGGAUGUGGAAGACAGCAGUGUGAUCCACUAUGAUGAUGCGGCCAUAUCCAAGCUGCUGGAUCGGAACCAGGAUGCCACAGAUGACACGGAGCUACAGAACAUGAAUGAAUACCUGAGCUCCUUCAAGGUGGCACAGUACGUGGUCCGUGAGGAGGACGGCGUGGAGGAGGUCGAGCGGGAGGUGAUUAAGCAGGAGGAGAAUGUGGACCCUGACUACUGGGAGAAGCUGCUGCGCCACCACUAUGAGCAGCAGCAGGAGGACUUGGCCCGCAACCUGGGCAAGGGCAAACGCAUCCGCAAGCAAGUCAACUACAAUGACGCCUCCCAGGAGGACCAGGGUGCGUGUGAGUGGCAGGAUGAGCUUUCGGACAAUCAGUCCGAGUAUUCCAUCGGCUCUGAGGAUGAGGACGAGGACUUUGAGGAGAGACCCGAAGGGCAGAGUGGACGGCGACAGUCUAGGAGGCAGCUGAAGAGUGACAGGGACAAGCCCCUGCCGCCUCUUCUGGCUCGCGUUGGAGGCAACAUUGAGGUUCUGGGCUUCAAUGCCAGACAGAGGAAGGCUUUUUUGAAUGCCAUCAUGCGCUGGGGCAUGCCCCCCCAGGACGCCUUCAACUCCCACUGGCUGGUGCGGGACCUUCGUGGGAAGACUGAGAAGGAAUUUAGAGCCUAUGUGUCCCUCUUCAUGCGGCACCUGUGUGAGCCAGGGGCAGACGGCGCAGAGACCUUCGCAGACGGUGUACCCCGGGAGGGCCUGUCCAGGCAGCAUGUGCUCACGCGCAUUGGGGUCAUGUCGCUGGUUAGGAAGAAGGUGCAGGAGUUUGAACAUGUCAACGGGAAGUACAGCACCCCAGAUCUGGUCCCCGAGGGACCGGAGGGCAAGAAGCCCUGCGAGGUUAUCUCCUCGGAUCCCAACACACCCGUGCCUGCCAGCCCUGCACAGCUCCCAGCAGCCCCACUGGGCCUGCCAGACAAAAUGGAAGCCCAGCUGGGCUACAUGGAUGAGAAGGAGUCAGGCAUGCAGAAGCCAAAGAAGCCCCAGGAAAUCCAGGCCCUGCCAACUGCGCUGGACAGAGGAGAAGGUGAAGACAAGCACCAGAACUCAGACGGCAGGGACAGAGCUCGAGAGGAGAGGAUGGAGGAGGCGGAGAAGGCCCAGGGCUCACCCGAGCAGCCACCGAAAGCCCCCCCUUGUUUUGCAGAGGAAGUGCUGCCAGACAAGGAGCCCAUUCCAGUCAAGCUGGAGCCAAGCCCAAGUCACAGCGGUGAUUUCAGGCCAGAUGACUCCAAGGUUGAGGAGAAGGAGCCCAUGGAGACACAGCAAAACGGUGACAGAGAGGAAGAUGAGGAGGGGAAGAAAGAAGACAAGAACGGGAAAUUCAAAUUCAUGUUCAACAUUGCAGAUGGGGGCUUCACAGAAUUGCACACACUGUGGCAGAAUGAGGAACGGGCCGCUGUGUCCUCAGGAAAAAUCUACGAAAUCUGGCACCGCCGCCAUGACUACUGGCUGCUGGCAGGCAUCGUGACGCAUGGCUAUGCCCGCUGGCAGGACAUUCAGAAUGACCCGCGGUACAUGAUUCUCAAUGAGCCCUUUAAGUCUGAGAUCCACAAGGGCAACUACUUGGAAAUGAAGAACAAGUUUCUGGCCCGCAGGUUCAAGCUGCUGGAGCAGGCACUGGUGAUCGAGGAACAGCUCCGGAGGGCUGCGUACCUCAACAUGACCCAGGAUCCCAACCACCCCGCCAUGGCUCUCAAUGCGCGCCUGGCAGAGGUGGAGUGCCUUGCUGAGAGCCACCAGCACCUAUCUAAGGAGUCGCUUGCCGGGAAUAAGCCUGCCAAUGCCGUCCUUCACAAGGUCCUGAACCAGCUGGAGGAACUGCUGAGUGACAUGAAGGCGGAUGUGACUCGCCUGCCCUCCAUGUUGUCACGCAUCCCCCCGGUGGCUGCCCGUCUGCAGAUGUCGGAACGCAGCAUCCUGAGCCGCCUCACCAACCGCGCUGGUGACCCCACCAUCCAGCAGACAUCUAGCCGUGCUCGUGACUUCCCCCUGUUGCAGCGCUCCUUUCCAGCUGAGCCGGGCCACCUGCCCAACCCCCAUGGGAGAGAAAAGCUGCAGCCCUUUUAGGAGUCGGUGCCGUGUUGGGAUACAAAAGGGAACGCAAGCAAUUCUCUCACGCAGAGGACAAGGCCCAGCCUGGCUGCACAAGAGCCCAGAAGUGCCACCUCAUCACAGUCGAUAAUGUUCUUCCACACUGCAUCCUACCCUCCGCCAUGCCGGGCAAGGCCCUGGCACCUCCUCCAGAGUGACUGACUUAGAGGAAAUGCCAUUUACCUGUACUCUUUUUUGCACUUUCCUACCGAAGAUGCGAACGUGUUUGUCUUGAUAAAGAGUUGGAUGGCGUGUGGAAGACCCAGACUCACGGCGCUCCUGUCUGUCACCCGGCGCCAGACGCAAGGGGAAGUUCUCUGGAGGCCCUUGAUGUUGCCCUGUGGGCUCACUCCAGCUGGGGAGAAGGCAGCAUCCCGGGUUCUGGAAGCCCUUAGUGUGUCCCUUGCCCCUGUCUGCACCUGUGUGGCGACCCUUCUGCUCUGGCCCCCUGCCUACUUGGGACUCUAGCGGUAGGGGGAUCAGGUCUGGAGAGUGGCUGCUUAGCCUGGUGAUGCCCAGGUUGGGGUUUUCUAUCUCCUUCCUGCCAGGGUUGGGGACCACCAGGUACAUUUCAUCUCCUGGCACGGGCACAUAUCUCAAAGGCUCUGGAAUCUGUUUCCAGUGGACACUGGAGGCCCCAGCGAUGUGUGGCAAAUAGAAGAGGGUGCCUCAGAAGGCAGGACAGACCUGGGCCAAAGGCCGGCCCGACAGGGGCUUCUGGACAUUUGCUCUUUGCGGGAGCUGGUAGGGUGUCCCAGGAAAGAGAGUCAUGUUUGUUGGGUAGCCCUGGGAGACUUGACCCCCUCCACCUGGGCACAGGCUUUCCUGUGCCCAACAUCCUGGACCACAGAUGUCAAGCUGAACUUCUCUGUUGUCUUGGUCCUAGAGAGGCCUUGUCUAGGGAAGUUGCUGCAUGAAGUAGGGGCCACCAUGGCCCUUGCUGGUUCGCAGAGGGGGUGGAGAGCUGUGCCUGGAGGUGGCAUUGGACCUGAUGGCUUCUUUAGAUCUUUCCGAGCUGGAGCCUCCAAGGCUUCUGGCCUUAUUUCCUGUAGGGAUGCCUUGGAAUGCCAGGACCAUCUUCCCAUGCCAGCGUUGCCAUACUAACUUGUCUGGCUCUACCCCAGCCUGUGGCACCACGUAACGCUCCAUGCUGGGGUACGUAUGGGUGGGGUGGACCUGCCAGGCGCUUGGCUUGUAUCUGACCUCCUUGCUGACCCUAGCUCAACCUGGAGAUUUCCAAGCCCUUGCGUUGGCGUUCCCAGGCAGAUGUUCUAGGGCUCAGUAUACCCUGAAGAUGAGGAAGAGGCUUCUGGGGAGAAGCAUGUUGGGUCUGAGGGCAGGAAGAUUGGAGGGGUUCAGACUCUCCUCCCUGGGAAAGGACGGUUACAGUGUCUCUGGGUCCACCAAGAUUGGGGGCAGGCCUCAAUGGCUUGUCUUAAGGACACCAGGGCAGGUGCCCAGUCUUUCCUUAGCCCAGAUGUGCACAUCUGUAACAUAGCUCCUCCUCUGAACCCCUGGAGGGCUGGACCCCCACGGCUUCUUCCACUGUGGCAUUGCCACACUUUGGUCUGUCGAAAUCUCAAGGCCAGCAGACUGGCCAGACACUGUGGGUAGGUAGAGGGGGGACUCUGGUCACAGACAGGACCUCUGCAGGCCUGAGCAUACCAUAGAUCUCCAGGUGUAUCUCUCUAAGAAGGGCUGUCCCUUGUAUGGGAGCGGCCACCAUAAGCUUGUCCCCCAACCCAGUGCCCCUUGUACUAAUCCCACCAGGCAAGACAGUCAGCCUUGCUGGCCUCAUUUGGAGCUGUACUCACCUCCUUUGCCCCAAGUGACAGAGCCUGACACUGGGGUCUGGAGGCACAGGGGGAACAGUAUGGCCUGUGACUCUCAAGGGUUCACCCUUUCCCUGAUGACAUCUCUCAGGAGUCUGUGCUCUGCCUGUCUCUGCCUCUUCCUAUGCUACACCCACCCACCCUGGCCUUCUCUCCACAGCCACCCUGACCCGAGCCCCCUGCUGCUGGAAAGGUCUGUGUUCCUAGGUUCCAGCACCUAGGAGGUUUUGGAGGCUAGAUUGCCCAGGCAGCUGGGGAGAGGAAAAAGGUCUCUCAGCUGUCUCAUGCCGGAGAGUGAUGGAGGCAGAGAUGGCAUCUUGAGGCUGGCUCUGUUUUGCUGAUAGAAUUGGGGUCCUCGUACCCAAGCUGUCUGAGCCACAGUGACAUUACAUUUCCAGCCACUCUGACUCACUAGCUGCUAUAGGAUUCUGUGGAAGGUGUGGGGUGUCUCUCAGGUGAGACACAGGGCAUUUGGGUUGGACCUACAACACCUGAGGGCACCCCUUCGUACACUCCUGCUCUGAAGUGCUUCCUCUGUAGAAUUCCUAUACUCCAGGGCUUUCUGUGUGCCAGGGCUCCCUCCCUCACCCUCUGGGUGCCCCCAUACCCAUACAGGGUUGAGAGGCUCAGUAUAACACCUGCAACUGUCCCCUAAGUCUUGAGGUCCUGCAGGGGGCAUGCUGACGGUGGGCUAGAGGGCCAGAAAUCCUGUAGUCCCACAGAGUGGGCAAGUGUUGAUGCUUGGAGCUUCUGGUGUGUGUCAAGGAAGGAAGGGGGUUAGGGGCCCAGGCUAACCCUCCCUUUACCUUCGCUGUCUUAGCCUGUCCAUGAGGGUGGACAGCCACCCCUAAGGCGCUCCCGCACAGAACACAGCAUGGAGGAGGAAGCCGAUCCGCCCAGUUUAUAUACCCGGAAGUUUACAGGUUGUGGUGCGUCAGCCCAAAGUCGUCGGUGUCCUUGUGUUUAUGGAUAUUUUCCCUCUUAAUUUUCAGAUUUUUUUUAAAACAAAGUAUUUUUUUAGGUGCGAUAACCCGGAAAGGGCCUGUUGGGUGUGUGUGUAUGUCCUGAACUCCACAUAGCCACACAGGGACCAGAGUCCAGCUCGGAGGUAGCUCCUUUACCUGGCCUGGAGAGGAGGGAGGGCCCCCUGCUGCCUGCCAGGGUCAAGCUAGACUCUACAGGGAGUUUUCCUGCCCAGGCCAGGCUGGCAUCUGUCCUGCCGCUGUCCCAUCCAGUACACCCUGGUGAAGCAGGAGUAGGCACUUGGGGCUAGCCAGAGCGUCUCAAUGGGUCCCAAGGGGCACAUACCCCAGCUCCUCUGAAGGCUGUCCUAGGGGAGGCUGGACAGGCUAGCCAACUGUUAUCUUCACUUGUACUCUGUGUGUAUGUUUUGGUUUCUGUGUUUUAAUAAACCCUUUGGGAAGAGAUGGA